AUGGCGCCCAGCGUGAGCGUCCACAGCUUCCACGACGCGGACACCCCGACGACGGGCAGUACGCGCUACGCCAUCAUCGUGUGCGCGUUCGCUUCGCUCGGUGGGUUUUUCUUCGGCUACGACCAGGGUGUGACGUCCGGCGUGUUGAUUAUGGAUUCGUUCCUGAACGACUACUGCGUCGGGUGGCACAACUUCACCUACGAUGACUGCACCCGGUCGUCUUCGGACAUCCCGGGACAGUGGACGAGCUUCACCGUGUGGUACAACAUGGUCUACAACCUUGGUUGUCUGGUUGGUGCUCUGAUUGGCGGCUACGUCGCGGACAGUUACGGUCGUCGAGCUACGAUUUUCUCCGCCGGCGUCCUGUUCUGCAUCGGGACGACGUGGGUUUGUCUAAACCCCGCACAGGACCACACGCUCAUGUACAUUGCGCGUAUCGUACAGGGCUUCGGCGUCGGCAACUCAUCGUUCUCACUCCCACUGUUCGGAUCUGAGAUGGCCCCGAAGGAGCUGCGCGCGCGUCUGUCCGGUUUGAUGGUGCUGCCCGUCACAUUCGGUCAGUGGCUCGCUAACCUUAUCAACAUCCUCGUCAUGGACGACAGCAACGGCUGGCGUAUUAGUAACGCCGUAUCGAUGAUCCCUCCGGUGAUCGUCAUCGGCUACGACAAACGGACGACGUGCGCCAUGAGCUCGAAGCGAUCGGUGACCAAAAUUAACCAAGAAGAGACUGGGAACAAAGACAUGGCUGGACUGUGGGAAACCACGGUGCGACGACGUGUGUUCAUCGCCAUGGCGCUACAGCUCGGCCAACAGGCGACUGGUAUCAACCCCAUUAUGACGUACGGGUCGCUUAUUUUCAAGGACAUCACAGGUGCCGGUCUCUACGCUUCGCUCCUUCUAAGCGGCGUCAACUGCUUGAGUACCACACCUGGUUUGAUUUGGUUGGAUAAGUACGGACGCCGCUAUAUGGCCAUGAUCGGCGCUGUAGGCAUGGUGAUCGGCCACCUGUUCGCUGCUAUUCUGUUCACGGCGAUCUGCGACGGCAACGUCGACGACUCGGGCUGCCCUUCGGUCGGCGGAUGGUUUAUUUGCUUAGCCAACUGGAUCGGUGCCGCCAUGACGGAAGUCGUCAAGCUCUUCCCGUACCUGAACUUCAGCGGUGUAUUCUUCAUGUUCGCUGGACUCACACUACUAUGCGGCCUGUUCAUCUACUUCUACUGCCCAAAAACCAAGGGCAUUCUACUUGAGGACAUCGAGACACUCUUCAGCCGCAGUAACCACACGGCUACGUCACCGUCCUACGGCGCGGUCAAGACCCCUGUGGCUGCUACCGACAAGAGCCCAGUUGCCAUGGCCUAA